UGAAGGAGGUCUUUCUCUCUCUCUCUUCUCUCUCUCUCUCUCUUUCUCUCUCUUUCCUCCCUCGUGCUUUAGAGAGCAGCUGAGCUCUCUCUCUGUACUUUUUCCUCCUCCUUGCUCUGCUGGACGGCCUGUUGGGAUGGUGUGGGUGUGCUGGACCAGGCUGACCAGCGUGUGUGCGGUGGUGGUCCUGCUGGCCAGUGGUGCUGAUGGACAGGCUUACGAGCGCUGGGAGGCCGGAUCCUCCUGCUACGGCGGAUUUGACCUCUACUUUGUUCUGGACAAAUCUGGCAGCGUUAAGCACCACUGGAAUGAGAUUUAUUACUUUGUGGAUCACCUGACGCACAAGUUCAUCAGUCCUCAGCUCCGGAUGUCCUUCAUUGUCUUCUCUACGGAGGGUCGGACUCUGAUGAAGCUGACAGAAGACAGGGAUCAGAUCCGAGCUGGACUGGAGCAGCUCAUGCAAGUGUUACCAGGAGGAGAUACCUUCAUGCACAAGGGCUUCGAGCGGGCAAGUGAGCAGAUCUACUACGCAACUGGGGAUGGUUACCGCACAGCCAGCGUCAUCAUCGCUCUGACAGACGGAGAACUGCGCGACACUCAGUUUGACUUGGCGGCGAGAGAGGCCGCUCGGUCGCGUCAGCUAGGAGCCACCAUAUACUGUGUGGGAGUGAAGGACUUCAACGAAACUCAGCUGGCCAUGAUAGCGGACAGUAAAGAACACGUCUUCCCUGUGAACGACGGCUUCGAGGCGCUGCAGGGGAUCAUUGACUCGAUCCUGAAGAGGUCGUGCAUAGAGAUCCUAGCCGUCGAGCCGUCGACUAUAUGUGCUGGAGAAUCCUUUGAGGUGGUGGUCAGGGGAAAUGGUUUUCUCUCCGCGCGGGAUGCGAGCCGAGUGCUCUGCAGCUUCCGCAUCAACGACACCAUCACCGUCAUGAAGAGGCCUCUGCUUGUGGAGGACACAUACCUGCUCUGCCCAGCUCCUGUGCUGAAGGAGGAGGGGACAUCUGCCUCUCUCCAUGUCAGUAUGAACAACGGUUUGAGCUUUAUCUCCAGCUCUAUCACCAUCACCACACUCCGCUGUGUGAGUACAGUAUCGUCUCUGGGCACUACCACUACAAGCACCACUACAAGUACCACUACAAGUACCACUACAAGUACUACUACCAGUACCAGUAGCAGUACAGAGCGCAGCACUGCCGCCCUACUGGCCACUAGUUCAGCUCCAACGUCAGUCUGCCCGCUGCUAACAGUGGACGGGACGGUUCUGGCCAUUGCUCUGCUCAUCCUGCUGCUGCUGCUGGCUAUGGCUCUGCUCUGGUGGUUCUGGCCUCUCUGCUGUACAGUGGUCAUCCAUGAGCCACCACCGCCUGUGCCAGAGGAGAGCUCGGAUGAAGAGGAAGAUGGAUAUCCCAAAAAGAAGUGGCCAACAGUGGACGCCUCGUAUUAUGGUGGAAGAGGAGUCGGUGGCAUUAAACGCAUGGAGGUGCGGUGGGGAGAUAAGGGGUCCACAGAGGAGGGAGCGAAGCUGGAGAAAGCCAAGAAUGCUCGGGUGAAGAUGCCGGAGCAAGAGUUUGAGUUCAUUCCUACACGAACGCUGAAUAACGGCAUGCGCAAACCCAUCAGUUCUCAGAAGUGGUACUCACCUAUUAAGGGGAAGCUUGACGCUCUGGUCGUUUGGCUGAGAAGAGGAUACGACCGUGUCUCUGUGAUGAGGCCACAGCCGGGAGAGAAGGGUCGCUGUAUGAACUUCACUCAGGUCAAAUCGUACCCAGCUCCUCGGUACCCACGGAACAACAGCAACAACAACGCCUCUAGGCACAUCUACAGUCUUCCCCACAGCCCCACCCCACCGGCCCCAAAGAGCAACCUGCCCCCAAACCCACACUGCAGUUACCCCUCCCACUCCACAGACCCACACUGCAGUUACCCUAUCUACCCUUCCUAUCCCUCACCUUCUCCAGUGUCCUCCCUGCCCCCUCUUCCUUCAACCCCACCCCCUUCUACCAUUACACCACCCCCUUACACUCCCCCACCCACCAGAGCUUUACCCCCAGCCUCCUUCACUCUCACUUUGGCUCCUCCUCCCUCUCCACCCCCUGGUCCCUCUCCAUCAACAUUCCUGCCUCCGACUCCAGCACCAACUGCCUGUCUGUCUCUAUCAGUGACUGGCUCACUGCCCCCACCCCCUCAUUCUGCCCCACCUGGCCGAGCUCCUCCUCCAACCCGCCCUCCGCCCCGUCCCUCCCUUGAUGAUUUCCAGGACUGAUCAGGUCUCAAGGUCAGUCUUAGUCUGAAGCUCCUCACUCCACUCAGUUCUCUACCUUGGAGGAAUCUCUUGCAUCCUGUUUGGAUGACUCCAGUCCAGAUCUAAAAGCUUUGCCAAACGUUGAAGAUUUCUGAAGUCUUCCUGUCCAAUCUGAACCUUUACCCAGGUGACCGCCAAAAGCCUCAACAAAUAACUAGGAUUUUUUUCUCUUCAGAGAAUGUUCUGGAAGAAUGGAAGUUUUUCUUUGCGAAGGAGGCAACUACAAAGAAACAUGAUCAAACAUGUCUAAUUAGGAAAGCUGAUGUAAACAGAUUUGUCUUAAAAAUCAGCAUGAAUUUGAAAGCUUCUCAUGCUCCCCCUCCAUUCAGUUCACUCCAUCAGAGGAAUCUCGUGCAACCCCAAGGUAAUAUUUGGACAAGAGUCUGGACAAGUUCAGUUCUCCAGUGGACGCUUACUCCAAAUCCAAAAGUUUUGCCAAACGCUUUUUUAAAGUAGUCCAGUCACUUGUUCCAAAAAAGUCACAUAGAACAAGGGAGUCCAGCACCGGUCCUGGAGAGCCUUAGUCCAAGUUUCGAGAUGUUGCAGGUAACUUAACUGAUGGGUUGAAUCAGGGAAACUAACAAACUGUGCUAAAUUAAACGCUAGCGUUUACUUGAUGAAACGAAACCGAGCCACCACUAAACAGUCAGUUCUGAGUAUGCUCAAAGAGAACGUGCUGCACUGCAUGUGUCAAAUUUGCGUUUGGAAACUGACAAAUGCUCUUCUGUCCAAUGGUGACAGUCCAAUGGCGAGCUCACCUACCGGUGAGCUCGACAUACCCUCACACAGCACACAGCAGCUACUGCAGGAGGAAGAGUGUGUUCAGGGUUGUAGCUUGUGGAGAAGACACUGACCUGACUUUCAGGAUCCACUUUGGAUCAAACUGAUACAGCAGAACCGACGCCACUAGAGAUUGACAUGAUCAGAAAAAUGUUUUUGGAACAUUAAAGCUGUAAAUCUGUACUAUUAGAGCAAAAAUACAACUAUGAACAUAGAAAAUGAGCAUAAUAGGUCCCCUUUAACUCUGUACAGAUGAAACCACAAACUUGUAUUGAGUGCACAAAGCGUAUAUUUAUAUCAAAGCAAAAAAAAUGGAUGAGUCUUAGUGAUUAAUGGUUUGGGUCCAGUGUUCUUUCUACUUGUUCCGCUUUUUUUACUCGUCAGCAUUUGGCAGUGCCGGGUUGUGUAGCUUCAUCACCAUAUUCCAGUGUUUGCUUUCUCCUCAAGUUGGUUUCUUCUAGAUGUGAGAUUUGAAAGGAUGAAUAUAUAAAUGAAAAAAAGGAAAACAAAUUUUUCUACAGACAGAAACAGAGACCAUGUUGGUGUCUCCAUGGCAUAAGCCUCACAGAAACAAUACAUUUGCCUGCAGACGUCACAAGCACAACAUGUAGCUCCAAUUAUCAAAACAACACAGGCUGUUUACAUGAAAACAUUUUUGCCAAUGUGAUUAAAUUCAUUCAGAAUACAGAUUAAGACGGAGGUGUUUAUGUGCUCACUCUACUCAACAAUCUAAUGAAAAUCUCAGCUUACAUGCACACUACAAGAAAUCCAAAAUGAUGUACAUGUGUACAGAACCAUUUAAUGUAGCCGUUGCCAUGACAACCAGCAUCACGCGAGUCCAGUCAGAGUGAGAUGAGCAGCAGUGAGCAGCGCUUUGUUUUUAAUUACUUUAAAAUGAUUCCAGAUGCAGUAAAACGUACUUCACAUGUACUUAUUAAAGAAGGGCGAGAGGAAGAGACAUCAUGUUCUGAGACACAUCAGCUGGACGCCGUUUAUGCUUAAAGCUCAAAGCAUAAACUUCGUCUCCUCUGUAGACCAGUUUCUGCUCCCGCCAUGCUGAACGUUAUAAACUUACACUAUGAUGCGAACGAACAUGCGCAGAACAUACUUAACCUUUCCCAUUGGGAAUGUAAUCAGAUACAGGCGUUUACACAGUUAUUCUUCUUCUACUUAACGGAUUAUUUACCGGAUUACCCACCUCGUUAAAAUGAAUAGAAUUUGUUUUCCAAAUGGCUUAAGUCAGACUAGUCUAUUCCAGUUCAGGUGUAUACAUGGACGUAUUCUAUUCCAAUUGAGCUAUUAGUCGAACUAUUCACACAUUAUCAAGCCGCAUAUGAACGUGGUUAUUUAAACUGAGAGAAGGUUUCCCAAUUGAAGGACUCUGAAGAGUGAGAUCAAUAACAGAACUGUUUGUAGUUUGUUGAUAUAACUUAAAAGUGACUCACUUCUUCUUUUAUGAUAAGUGAGAACAAAUGACUCUGGGCCAGAUGUACAUAGAAGUGCAGGCACUGCAUGAAGUGCCUUCAUGUGGCCGCAAUAUGAGCAACACAGCAUCUGAACUAAGACUGACUACUAACUGAAAGCUUGAAAAGGAAACUAAAAAGGAAACGAAACAACUUUGGCCACAUCAUGACACAAUUUGUGCUGCCUCUUCUCACAUGUAUGUCUGAUCCCAAGAGUAUACGCAGUUAUUCUGAUGGUAAAUAUUCUUUUAUGUUGUGUUUGAGGCUCAUGUGUCCGUCUUGCUGCUAACUAAGCAGAAUGCGGCUGAUUGGG